AGUGACGUCGUUUUGGAUUCCCCCAUUUUUGAAUCCGAAACGACGUCGUAUAAAUUAUGCAGCUUCUCCGUUUUUGGGAUAGGAGGCAAAACGACGUCGUUGGUUUCUUCCUCUAGGUCUCUAAGUGCAUGCAUCGCAGAAAGGAAGAAAACUGAGACCAGAAGCUCAAAUCCAUGGCGAUUCAUAGGGGAGGGAAAAGCUCUUCCGCUUCGUCUUCAUCGCCAUGCGCCCAUCUCAGAACUGCUUACCACAAUUGCUUCAACAGGUGGUAUUCAGAGAAGUUCUUGAAGGGUCAGUGGGACAAAGAAGAAUGUGUUUCCGAGUGGCAAAAAUACCAAUCUUGCCUCUCUCAACAUCUAGAAGAUAAGAAUUUGAGCAGCUUUUUGGAAGGCAAAGGAGCUGCGGAUUCAUCCAAUCAAGCUGAUUCUGGAAGCCCAGUUGGUGGUGCUUCCACUGGUGUUUCUCAGUAAUCUAUAUUGAAUCUAUGCUCUAUAGAAUAGACCAUGAUAAUGGAAAGGUGAUUGGUAGAAAUUUGAUUGAAUUGUUCAUACAAUUUUCUGUUGUGUUGUCUAUUUAAUCCUCCCAGAAAUGUGUUUGAUUGAAUUAUACUGCACUUUCAAAUUGGGUUCUGAAAUUUUGUUUGGAAAUUUGAAGUUGGGACUUGCAUGGAUUCAUGAUUAGAAACUUAUUAUAUAUGAUUGUGUAGAAGUGGUUAGCCACAUUCACUCCAUUUUUGUUAUAGGUGAAGGAAUGUUGCUUUUCAUGGGCGGUUUCUCUUGUAAUGGGGAUUAGUUUCUCUUGUUAGAUUGCCAGAAAGUUUGAGGGAGGAAAAAAAGAAAAGGAAAAUAGAAAUAGAUUUAAAGUUAAUAAAUUAUUUUUAUAUAUUACUUUAAAUCAUUUAUUUUAUUUUUAAAUUCUUAUAUAUAAAGAUUAAAUAAUUUAAAAAUACUUAAAUUUUUAAUUAAUGUUCAUUAUAUUCAAUAUAUAUAUUUUUAAUUUCUAACCAUAAAACCAAAUAUGAGAAAAUCAUUUUUCUUUAAUUUUUUUAGUACUUUCUUGAAACCAAAGAUAGCAUAAAACUCAAUACAACAUUCCUUAUUAGGGUUCAAGAUAGCAUGUAGUUUGUGAUACAAAAAAAAAGUGAAGUAUCAAGGAAUAGUCAUUUGGCAGUAAUUUGUGUUUAACCAAGAGUAUUAUCGCAAGUCAAACUGAACUCACUUAAACUAGUGUAAACUCCUUCUCAUGUGUUCCAUAGACCCAAAAAUCAUCAAUAAGACGACUAAUCUUUCUGGUUAUGAUCUGGGAACAUUUAUAUGCUUAGCUUUCUCAGUCUUUGGACACUUCAGGGGGUUCCUUCAAAAUGAAGGGACCACCAUGUUCAUGGAUUUUCCUUGCCUCUGAGAUGAACCUAACAUGUUUUGUGAAGUAAUUGGCUUUGGAAGAGAAAAUGGGUUGUUCUUAUUGAUGGUAUUCACUGUGUUGUUUUCAGAAAAAUCAACAAACUUCUCAGAGAAGCUGGUUGGAGGCCUAGGAACAUGUUGGCUGCUUGUUUGGACCUCAUGCCUACUCAUCCCUGAACCUCAAUACCCUUCUACUAGACCAAGUCGCAGUUGGGUAAGGCUUCAUCUUGAUCUUGUUUCACAGAGAUGAUCUUGGCUUCCAUUGAGUGUUGUAUCUUAGAGACCUUGAGAGAAGCCACCCAGAUUUGUUCAAGGUGGUUUCAGAUAUCUAGUUAUAUGAAUCUUUGUAAUUUGAUGCAGAACACCCAUUGUUUCUCACUGAGGCCGACCAAUUUCAUUUGAUACCACAUGUUUUAAGGUUGAUAAAUUAGGCUACUUGACAUUUUUCUA